AUGUUCCCACCAUCAGGGAGCUACAGCGUCGACAUUGAGGCGAUCUCCGGAAUCUGUGGGUCAAUCAGCAUUGCCUGUUGGGUAGUCGUGUUUUCGCCCCAGAUUGUCGAGAACUUUCGACGCAGCUCGGCGGAAGGAUUGAGUGUUGAAUUCAUCAUCAUCUGGCUCGCAGGCGAUGUCUUCAACAUACUUGGAGCUGUCCUUCAGGGCGUUCUCCCUACGAUGAUCGUACUUGCCAUUUACUACACCUUCGCGGACAUUGUACUUCUUGGUCAAUGCUUCUACUACCGUGGCUUCACGCUGCGAGAUCCAAGGCCCGAUAAACCAGGCUCAAUCGAAGAUGCACCAAACGAGCGCUCACCUCUCAUUACGAAUGGGCAUGCGAACGGGCAGGUCAACGGAAACGCAGCAGCCUCACGGCCACCGAAUGCCGCGGACGUGGAAUACUCGUCUCGCAACAGGUCCAGAUCCUCAUUCCGAGAGCGCCUGUCUAGCCUAGACGCAUCCUUCUUCUCCCCUGCAACGCCAAUUCAUCCGCAGCCCAAAGAUGCUCCCGAUGGCGAAGUACUAAAGCCUCAGCAAGCGCGAAGCUUGACUCAUGCCAUUCUCUUCAAUGGCGCCGCCAUUCUGGUCGUUGUUGCAGCCGGCAUUGCUGGGUAUUAUCUCAGUCCGGCAACACCAGAAGCUGAGCGUAGUGGGUCUCCUGCAGACGACCAGGCGCAGUCUCUCAAACUCAACCUCUGGGGUCAAGUCUUUGGCUAUAUCUGUGCMGUCUUGUAUCUUGGAAGCCGUGUGCCGCAGCUGCUAUUGAACUACCGACGCAAGUCUACGGAAGGUCUGAAUGCAUUGUUCUUCCUGUUCGCCUGCAUCGGAAACUUGACAUACGUCUGGUCCAUCCUCGCUUUCGAGCCCAUAUGCAGCCGGCAUUCGCACGGACAUUGGCGCGUGAGUCACUGUCAUCCCGGCGAAGCCUCCUCAAUCUAUGGACAAUACAUUCUGGUGAAUCUGAGCUGGUUGAUCGGCAGUCUUGGUACCCUCUUCCUUGAUGGCGCUGUUUUCAUACAAUUUUGGAUGUACCGAAGUGGGAACGAGGCGAUCCUCGACGACGACGACCGGGGACGGAGCGCAGUGGAGCGAUGA